CCUUCCCUAAACGUGUUCUCUGCUUUCCCAAGACAGCUGAGAAAAAUAAAUAAAUAAAGACCCGCGGGGACCCCCGCCCCUCCCUGUCUCUAGCCGGGAAGAGAGGGAGAGUUGUCCCAAAUCAGUGGCUUCAGCAUGUGGACAAGUUUUGAUCCACGGCAGCCCGGUGGCUUUCUUUCCCUUUGCAGCAGGCGACAGUCCCGGGCGCCACCUGCGCGUCGGGCUCGGAGCGGACGGAUAGCUCCCGCCAAACCUGGCCGAGAUUGCGGCGGAGGAGAAGCUGCACGAUGCGGACGCCGCCGAAGCUCCUCCUUUCGCCGGUAUGGCCGGGGCUACCUGGCUGUGCGGCGCAUGCAGGGCGCACAGCCCGGAGCGCCCCGCACGGCCCCUCGGCACCCAUCUCGCCAGUCCUCCAGCCCUCGCAACCGGAGCACAACCCACUGCGUCCCACCUGCGCUGCAGCCCCCGCCUGCCGGUUGGCCAGGUCCAACCCCGCGGGCGCCGCGGCCUCGCUUACGCUGCUGGCGCAGUCGGUCCUACGCCAGCGGCACAGCGCCCGCUCGCCGGUCCUCUCGGGUUGGGCCCGCGGCCGCGCUCACGCAGUUAGCGCAAACGGUCCUACGCUUCCGGCGUAGCGCGUCCCAGCCGAUCCUCUCAAGUCGGACGACGCGGCCGCGCUCACGCAGCUAGCGCAAACGGUCCUACGCCGGCGGCGCAGCGCCCGCCCGCCGGUCCGCCCGCCCCCUGCG